AUCCCUGCCCUUGGCACUACUUACACCUCUCCGGCUCCCACGACACCUUAGCGCCCACGUGCUUCAAAGCCAAGCUCCACCGAAGAGGAGGCUCGACCCCGCACCCGGCCUCCACGGUUACGAACCUCAGCGCUCCGACUAUGGGCACCUACACCUACACUAGCCGGCCCCGGCCCCUUCCUUGCCAGCGCCGCCGUUACCGGGACAACGUGUUGCAGCCAGAUGAAGAACCUAUGCGUUAUGGAAAUAUAAUGUAUGACAGAAGGGUGAUCCGAGGCAACACUUAUGCUUUACAGACGUUACCACUGGCUAGUCAGUCUGAAGCUAUAGAGCUUCAGAGGCAGCAGCAGGCUAAGCGGAGGGCCCUUGCCAGAAAACGGGCCAGAGAACAGCUCAGACCACGAACUCCCGAGCCUGUGGAAGGCAGAAAGCAUGUGGAUAUACAAACAGAAUUAUACCUUGAAGAAAUUGCUGACCGCAUAAUAGAAGUUGAUAUGGAAUGCCAAACCGAUGCGUUUUUGGACAGACCACCAACACCACUCUUUAUUCCUGCCAAAACUGGAAAAGAUGUGGCCACCCAAAUACUAGAAGGAGAGCUCUUCGACUUUGAUCUUGAAGUUAAACCAAUGUUACAAGUUUUGGUGGGAAAGACCAUUGAGCAGUCUCUUCUGGAAGUAAUGGAAGAAGAAGAGUUGGCUAACCUGCGGGCCAAUCAGUACGCGUAUGAAGAGCUACGUAAUGUUGAACUUGCUGAAGUUCAGCGACUUGAAGAACAAGAGAGACGACACCGAGAAGAAAAAGAACGUCGUAAGCAACAGCAGUGGGAAAUACUAAGCAAGCAUAAUGAGACUGCACAAAAAAUCGCUGCUCAGGCAUCUGCGCAGCGUUACCUGGCUGACCUUCUUCCAUCCGUUUUUGGCAGCCUCAGAGAUAGUGGCUACUUUUAUGAUCCUGUUGAAAGAGAUAUUGAAAUAGGAUUCCUUCCAUGGCUAAUGAACGAAGUUGACAAAACCAUGGAACACAGCAUGGUGGGAAGAACAGUGCUGGACAUGUUGAUUCGGGAGGUGGUUGAGAAGAGACUGGAUAUGUAUGAACAGAAGGUGCACAGAGAACCAUUUCACAAGUCUGAGAAACGGCUUGAUGGUCCCGGCGCAUUAGGAGAUCUACUGGUGGACCGUGAAUUCCUGGGACAGACACAGAGGCCGCUUGUAGACAGUGACUCCCUCCCAAGAGUAGCAAAUGAUGGAAGAUAUAUUGAAAGAGGGCAGUCCCAAGAAAGGAGAUUUAUGGAAGAAGGAGGUUUCUUUGGACAGGGCGAAAAUACAGAAAAGAGGAUGUCCUUGGGGAAGGAAGAACUGCCACAGCAGACAGACACUAUGGAGUCAUGAAACCAAUCAUCAACCAAAUCAGCAAUCCAAACAAUCAGAAAAUCUCAGACAAUGCCAAGAAAGCAAAGGUCCCUCUUGACCUUUAGGCAGUCCCAUUCCCCUCCUCAAAGGUAACUACUCUUAUCAGUUUGGUAUGUACCUUUUCAACCUUUUUCAAGGUAUUUACUUGAAUAUAUAUUUGAACACCUAGAAAUAUAUAGGUUGAUUUUUCUUUAUACAAAUAUAAAUGUGUUGUUUAUAUAUUUUAUUUUUCACCUAACAAUAUGUCUCAGAUCUUUCAAUGUUAGUAUAUAUAAAUCUCUCUCAUCUUUUUAAAUCUAUUGUAAGGUAUUACAUAUUAUGACUGUGUUAUAGUAUAGGGAAUUCACAUUUGACUUUUUUAUCUGACAGUGUUUGGAGAAUUUACUUGCACUACUGAAAAUCACGGAUUAUUUAAUCUCCAAAGUUAUGUUAAUUUUAAGCAAUAACUGAAGUUUCUGAGGCUAUUGGUGGAUAUAGCCUAUUUUUCUCAGAAUAUGUGUAGAUGUAUAAACUGUAGUGAUUUGUAAUAACUUACAAUUAUCAAUCCAUUUACCUUAAUUUCUUUGUAAGUUAGGUGCUAUUAUAGUUUGAAUUGUGUCUCCCAAAAAGAUAUGUCUAAGUUCUAACCCCCAGUACCUGUAAAUGUGACCUUAUUUGGAAAUAGGGUCUUUGCAGAUGUAAUUAAGUUAAUAUGAGGUCAUAUUGAUUUAGGAUGGACCCUAAAUCCAAUGAUUGGUAUCCUUAUAAGAAGAGGGAAAUUUGGAAACCAACCCAGACACACAGGGAUAAUGCCAUGUGAUGACAGAGGCAAAGAUUGGAGUGAUGUGACUACAAGCCAAGGAUUGCUGGCAACCACCAGAAGCUAGGAAGAGGCAAGGAAGGAGUCCUCCCCAAGAGUCUUUAGAGAGAGCAUCACCCUCCCUUGAUCUCAAACUUCAACCCACUAGAACUGUGAGAGAAUGAAUUUCUGUUCUAAGGCACCCAGUUUAUGGUACUUUGUUAUAACAGCCCCAGAAAACUAAUACAGGUACCAAAUACAUAUCUCUGUUUUGUGUAUGGAAAAAGAAGUUCUUUCUCAAUUUGUAGAAACAACUACACCCUAUGUUUACAUAGCAUUAUAUGGUUUGCAAAGCAUUUUCCCAUACAUUAUUUCAUUACAUAAAUUAAACCUCAUAGCAGCCUUCUGAGGCACGCAUGACAAUGUUUAUAGUCUCAUUUCCUAUUCAAUCAUUAGUUCAGUCCAUCAACAAGCAUUAACUGAGUGCCGGCCUUGUGCCAAGCACCAUGUAGGAGCCUGCAGAUAGACCAGUGAGCAGAUAGACAUAAAUACUACAUACAUGUAUUUUACAGCAUAGCAGAGGAGCUAAAUUAAGUAAAUGAAGACAGCAAAGCUCAGAGAUUUUAAGUGAUUUGCCUUAGGUGACCCUAGUAAAUAAUAGGACUAAUGCUGGAACCCAAAUCUUCUUACUUCUAAUUUAAUGUACUUUCUUCUAACCAACCCUGAGUCCUUGUGGGGUACAAAAAAUAAUUCUAAAUAAAAUUAUUGCAGUAAAAGAAUUUUAAAAUACAAUUUUUGAGGCUAAAGUCACAUAACAUAAAAUUAGCCAUUUUAAAUGAACAAUUCAGUGGCAUUAGAACAUUCACAAUAUUGUAUAACCACCAUCUCUAUCUAGUUUCAAAACAUUUUCAUCACUCCAAAGUAAAACCCCUUCCCCAUUAAGUAGUUUCUCUCCAUUCCUCCCUCCCUAGCCUCUGGCAACUACCAAUCUGUCUCUAUGGAUUUGCCUAUUCUGGAGAUUUCAUAUAAAUGGAAUCAUCCAUUAACAGCAUUUUAAAAAUUGGAAUCGAACCUAUUAUUCACUGGAUUAUUCCAUCUUCUUAAGUGGUCUUUAUGAUCAUUCUAAAGUUAAAAGAUAUUAAUUUUGGUAAGAAGACGAAAGAAGGGUAAUAAUUUAUAUUUAAAAUUAGGAUUGUUACUAUUUAUUCUUAAUUUAAAAUAUCUACAACCAAACUUUAAGAAUCCAUCCAAAAGAGAUUUGAGGUUGAUAAUCUUCUACAAGUCUAAUCCUCCUUUACAAUAAUCCAGGCCAUUAAACACUUUGCAGAUGCUUUGCUAAAACAUCCAGACCUGAACUCUAUAAUCCUAUAACUUAAUUUAAUUUGUUAAAAUAUAUGGAACUCUGUAGAUCCCACAUUGAUAUUGAGUAAGCUUAACUGCCAUUCUAUUCCAUCCUGGAGAGAAAGAAAAGUAAUUUGAGAGAUUGGGAGUUCAUCCCUGUGAGUAAGUUUAGAGAAACUGGGCUUGUAUAUUAUUUGGAGAAAAGCAUAUUAAAUGGAAACUUUACAUCUUGAAGUUUAUAAAGAAUUUCUUCAAACACAUUGCUAAUUUAGAUGAUGUGCCAGUUUGGAUAUAUUAUGUCUCCCAAAAAGCCAGGUUCCAUAAUGUAAUCUUGUGGGGACAGAUUUAUUAGUCUUUUGAUUAGGGUGGGACUUUUUGAUUGUUUCCAUGGAGAUGUGACUCACCCAACUGUGGGGGAUACUUUUGAUCAGUUUAUUAUCAUGGAGGUGUGGCCCUGCCCACUCAGGGUAGGUCUUGAUAAGUUUACCGGAGUAUUUAAGAGAGAAGCUAAGAGCCGACACAAACCCAGAUGCUUAGGGAUGCUUGGAGAUGUAAAUAGAAGGAU